AUGUCGUUCCUCAGUAGCCCCUCGACCAACCACAUGAUAACGAACCUAACCAAAAGGACAAAUGAAUUCCAGUCCAAAAUAGAUAGCAUACUUAACAAAAUAAGCACAGAAAGCUUGCCCUUCCAGAAGAAGUCCUUUAUUUGCUGUGUAAACUGCUUCGACACAUACAACACGGACUUCGAGACAAUCGGCAAUCUUGCCAACAGGUAA